GCUGCUGAGACGUCCAGCUCCUCGGGUGCUGAGCCCGCGGGACCCGAAGGCGCGGUCGCGGAUGCCAGCUUGGCCACCCCUGACCCAGCCCCAGUCGUGCCGCUGUGUGACCCCUAACCCCAUCGCAACUGGACGGAUCGGAGCCCCUGGGAACCGCCCUGCCCCUGCUCUGAGCGGGACCCCUCAUCCUGCCCGUCUGGCCCUGAACGCGGCCCCCUCCCCAGGGCCGUGCCCCCUGGCCAUGCGCGGGAAGCUGCUGCCCCUGGCCGGCCUCUACCUGGUGCAGGGCCUGCCUUACGGCCUGCAGUCAGGCCUGCUGCCCGUGCUGCUGCGCGCCCGUGGCCUUUCCCUGACGCGCGUGGGGCUGGCCAAGGCGCUGUAUGCGCCGUGGCUGCUCAAGCUCUUUUGGGCUCCGCUAGUAGACACGUGGGGCUCCCCAAGGGGCUGGCUGGCACUCAGCACGGCUGCCUUGGGCCUGGUGUGCGGGCUGUUGGCAGCCCUGCCUCCUGCCGGCGCCGGCGGGGCCGCGCUGCCUAUCCCGGUGGCGGCGCUGCUCCUGCUGCUGAAUCUGGCUGCGGCCGUGCAGGACGUGGCCCUGGACAUGCUGGCCGUGCGGCUCCUGGAGCCGGCUGAGCUGGGGCCCGGCAAUACCGUGCAGGUGGUUGCUUACAAGCUGGGGGCCGCGCUGGCUGGCGGUGGGCUGCUGGCCCUCCUGCCCGCGCUCUCCUGGACGCUGCUCUUCCUGCUUCUGGCCGCCACCUACUGGCUGGCUGCAGCCGCGGCCUGGGUGGCGCCCGCCCUGCGACAGCUGCCCACACCCCCGCCCUCAGCGCACCCCCGCCCCAGCCUGCACCUUCAGCAGGACUUGCUGGCAGUGCCUGGGACCCUGUGGACAGCGGGCUUCGUGCUCACCUACAAGCUGGGUGAGCAGGGUGCCAGUGGCCUGUUCCCACUGCUCUUGCUGGACGGCGGCAUCUCCACCCCAGAGCUGGGGCUGUGGAAUGGUGUGGGUGCUGUGCUUUGCUCCAUUGCUGGCUCAUCCCUGGGUGGGGUCCUGCUGGCCAGGCGUUGGGGCAGCCCUGCUGAGUCUGUGUCUGCAGCACCUCCUGGGGGGCUUGGUCACAACCACCACCUUCACCGUGAUGAUGCGCUGCAGUCAGCUGGCACCCAGUGCCCUGCAGGCCACACACUACAGUCUCCUGGCCACUCUGGAGCUGCUGGGGAAGCUGCUGGUGGGCACACUGGCGGGAGCCCUGGCUGAUAGCCUGGGGCCACACCUCUGCUUCUCUCUCUUCUUAGCUCUCUCAGCCACCCCCAUGCUGUACCUGGGCUUUGUGCCCAACACUCUGGCCUGAGCUGAAAGGCUGGACUCAUCAAUAAAGUGGAGUGUGCUUCUGGGA